AUGAGUUUUAAUGGAAAUGCAUUACUGACACCUUCACGAUAUGGUGGUGAGUCUUGGAAUGCCCAGACAUGUUUCACUGCUUAGGAGGACUAUUUUGAAUGUUUGGAUAGAGAGAAUUCAACGAAUGUCAAUCGCAAACUUUGUGGAAGAGAACAUCAAUUAUGGAAGGAAGCAUGUCCAGAUAGUGACAGAAGAGCCUAAAUGAUAUUCAGAAGACUGGAGAGACAAAAUUAAGCAUUGUAUACAUCAGAAUAGCUCAGAUAAUAUAAUAAUCAUUAAAACAAUAGAAGCUUCAAAUGA